AUGGCAGCUGAGAAAGCUGAAAUGGAUGCACUGAAAAAGGAGUGCGAUGGCCUCCGUGCACAGAUUGAGACGGCCCGCAAGGCUGUGAAUGACAGCACCAUGUCAGGAGCAGCAGGGGGCGUGGCCUCGGUGGGGCGAGUCCAGCUGAAGCUCAGGAAGACACUCAAGGGUCACCUGGCUAAAAUCUAUUCCAUGCACUGGGCAGCUGACUCCAGGCAAAUGGUCAGUGCAUCACAGGAUGGCAAACUUCUCAUCUGGGACUGCUUCACAGGGAACAAGUUGGUUGCUGUCCCCCUAAAGUCAGCUUGGGUGAUGAGCGUCGCUUUCGCCCCCUCUGGUAACCUGGUGGCCAGCGGUGGUCUGGAUAACAUGUGCACAGUGUACAACAUAAAGUCUGCCAGCCCCAAGACCCUCAGGGAGCUGGACGCGCACACAGGUUACCUGUCUUGCUGCCGUUUCCUUAGCGACACUGAGAUCCUGACAGCAUCCGGUGACACCACCUGCUGUCUGUGGGACCUGGAGACUGGCAAGCAGAAGAUCAUCUUCACCAACCACAUUGGCGACUGCAUGUCCCUGGCUCUCUCCUCUGACCAGAACACCUUCAUCUCUGGAGCCUGUGACUCUCUGGCCAAGCUGUGGGACCUGAGGGAAGGGACGUGCAAGCAGACCUUCUCCGGACACACCAGCGACAUCAACGCCAUCUCUUUCUUCCCCAAUGGAAAAGCCAUCAUCACAGGCUCCGACGACUGCAGCUGCAAGAUGUACGACCUGCGCUCCGACCAGGAGGUGAUCGGCUACCAGGACACCAGCCUGAACGCCGGUGUCACGUCUCUGGCCCUCUCCAACUCAGGGCGCCUUAUCUUUGCUGGCUAUGACGACUUCAACUGCCACAUCUGGGACUCACUGAAGGGAGAGAAAGUUGGUGUGCUGUCCGGCCACGACAACAGGGUGAGCUGCACCGGCGUCCCCGAUGAUGGCAUGGGUGUCUGCACAGGAUCCUGGGACAGCUUCCUCAAACUGUGGAACUGAGGUACCCUGGCGGAGGAAAACACCAGGAGAGGGAGAGCAGGAGGAGGUGGAGAGGAAGAGGAGGAAAGGGGGAGG